GGCGGGGCUUGUUGCUAUACGGAAGUUAGUAAUGAAGACGCAGCUGUGUGGAUUAGCUGUGUGCGAUGGCUCGUGAUCUUUUGUAUUUAACUUAACUUUCUUUAAGAAUUGCUGAUAUGAAGGCGGGUGCCUCGUGUGUGUGGGCAUCGUGUUGUGGUCUGCUGAACGAGGUGAUGGGGGCGGGGGCAGUGAGGGGACAGCAGCCCGGGUUUGGAGGAGCCGGUCCGUUCCGCUUCGCUCCAUCAGCUGGAUAUUCCACACACACAAACCCUCACACACACACACACCCUCACACACACACACUCAGCUGUCAGUCAUGUAGAGAGAGCUUCUCCAUCUUCAGAAGGAGGUACGUGUGCUGUGAAUGUAGGCGGAGUUUCUGCUCUCUGUGUUCGGUUCUGCAGGAGAACCUGAGGAUCUGCUGCACCUGUAACCUGCUGAAGGGGACAGCGUUCCAGCGGCCACGCCUCAUGAAGCUGCGCGUUAAAGACCUGCGGCACUACUUAACACUACGCAACAUCAACACUGACACCUGCAGAGAAAAAGAGGACUUGGUGAAUUUAGUGCUGUUUCACCAGGGGGUGGAGAGUGAGGAGGAUUCAGACACGCCCACCUUCCCCACGAGACCCCUGUACACCCUGCCCACCACAGACUCCGCCUCCCUUCUCUCAUCUGCUCAAGAAGAGCCAGUCAGUAGGGACGAUGGCUCAGGGUCCACCACUGAGACUGACUCUGCAUCACUUUUCACCCUCGAGCCCACAGAACAAACCCCAGAGGUGGUGCGGAGGGCGGGGCGAGUGUCCCUCUCUGACCUGUCGUGUGUGGACAAUGUGGAGCAGCUGACCGUCAGACAGCUGAAGGAAAUCCUCGCUCGCAAUUUCGUCAACUUUUCUGGCUGCUGUGAGAAAUGGGAGCUGGUGGAGAGAGUGAGGAGACUGUACACUGAGAACCUGGACAACCGCAAGUCCAUGGAGAAUGUGAGCCAUGCUGUGAGCACAGAUGAAAAUCAACAACUUUUUGAUAAUUUUCUAUGACAUGAUGAAUUCUGCAUGGACAGACCGGUUGCUCGGGUCAGCGGUCAUAAAUGAUAUCUAUUUUGAUCCUCAUCAUCGGGGUCACUCGGGCCGUCCACCAUAAGACUUCAGCUGGAUGAUAAAUCACAGGAAUCGCACAUCAGUAUUAGAGUGGAUUUACAGUGUAUGAGGGAGUGUGAAUUUUACCCACAAUGUACUGCAAGCACCAUUACCACUGUCUUGCAGCUUUAGGGGGCGGAGCUUGUCCUUAUUUGCACUAAUAGUUGCUGUGAUUUUGCUUUUUGUGCCGAAGUCGUAGCUUUUCCUCCUGAUGCAAUCAGAGGUAAGAUACAGGGACAGCAUCACAUCUACUGACACACACACACACAGAGCCUGAAUGGGGAUAGAUGCAUGCUGGGAAACCAUCAAACAUGGACGACGGGAUUUCUCUCAUCUCAUAGCGCAAAACUUCAUUCUCUAAAAAAAAUCUUCAUCUUUUAACUCCCUCCUGGGUGUGUGUGCUGAGCCUUGAAGACAAACCUGCAGGAAUGUGAUGUGUUGAGUUUAAUAAUGGUGUGUGUGUGUAGACGGUGGGAGUGCUGGUCUGGCGGUGGAUGAGAACCUGUGUCGGAUCUGCAUGGACGCGGUGAUUGACUGUGUGUUGUUGGAGUGCGGUCACAUGGUCACCUGUACCAAGUGCGGGAAGCGCAUGAGCGAGUGUCCCAUCUGC